GCAGCAGGUUCACAGUGAGCAGCGUGAAAGAGAACUCCUGAGGUUCCUCACUGAGACGAGGUCGACAAACACCAGCGGUGAGUUCAGUGCCUCAACGCUGAAAUGUUCGCCGCAGCCACCAAGAACUUUGUGAAGCAGGUGGGAGACACCGGGAGGUUGAUCCCCGUCCCGAGCCUGAGCGAGGCCGACCGGUACCAGCCGCUCAGCCUGGUCACCAGGAAGAGAAGGAGGCACCUGUGGAAGAAGAACAAGUUCGCCUCCACGGCCUUCUCCCUGAAGGACAUCCUGGUGGGAGAGAAGGAGAUCACAGCAGGUGUCUCUUCUUAUCAGCUCCUCAACUACGAGGACAAAUCUGACGUGGCCCUCAACGGUCGCCUUGGAAACCACAUCAUCAACGACGUUGGCUUCAACAUCAGCGGCUCGGACUCCGUGGCCGUCAAGGCCUCGUUCGGCAUCGUGACCAAACACGAGCUGGAGGUGCCCACGCUGCUGCGGGAGCUCAACUCCAG